CACAAGCCAACCAACAUCUUUCUCAUUGACUAGCUUUCUGUCUCUUCAUCUGCUUAGAUCUACUACGUAACACAUUAUUGUCUUCAUCUUUCUCGAAAGGCCAAAGACACGAAAUUUUGGCCUAUUACAGACAAGAUUCAUAGUUUCCUUCUAUGUUGUCCAUUUGACAAACAAAUUUUGUCGCACUAUUGUACAGUCUAGAGAAUCUAGUCUCUCUAAAAUAUAUAUAUCUAGUCCUAACAUGCAGAUCCUUCAGUGGCUUUUCAAGAAUGCAAAUGAGACCAACUCCAACAUCACUUCAAGCAAGAAGGAAGCUAUUAACGAUCAGGAGGUAAAAUCCAAAGAAAUUGUCCAGUGUGGGAUUUCUCCAAAAAAGAGAAGAGCUGGAAAAUUAGCAAGAUCGAGCUGCAAGAUUUUCAAUGUGUUAAAUAUAUUACGUAGAAGAGACAUUGCCGCAGACUAUUUUGUUAGCACAAUUAAUCUAAAGAGAUUGGGAAGUACUUCUCGUAGAAAACAACGUUUUGUCCAUUGUAUUAAGAUGAAAAAACAGAGUCUAAGUCGUGGAUUAAGCUUUCAUCGAAAGGCAGAUUCAGCCAAAGUUUUACCCGUAACUGAGGCAGUUGUUACACAUAGAAAUGGUAAGGAGCAAAGUCCAAGUGCAGAAAAGAAAGAAAAAGCUAAAGGGGAUAAAAUCAAGACAAUUUCAAAGAUGAAGGAGCUAAUAAGAUGGGCUGCUGCUGCUAAAUCUGAAAAGGGAGGAAAAUACUUCGGCAGAAAGGUUUUGCAGUUGCGCGAUAGGUCAGUAUUAAAGGCAGUACCAGAUAAUGAUCAACUAAGUAAUGACUCCCCAAAAAUCAGCUUCAGAUGGGAUGUUGAAAGUUGCUCCACUAUUUCAUCUGCAAUUUCAGUCUCUUCUUUGACAAAAAAUGAACAUUCUAUCAAUAAACCUCGUUUAAACUCAACUCUGGUUCAUAUAGAUCAGUGCCCUGCUGCAGCUAGAAAAGGGAAUUGGGUCACCACAGAUUCUGAAUUUGUGGUGCUAGAGCUAGAGCUAGAGCUAUGAAGAAAAUUGGUCAUGGGUGGUCUCUAGUGCUAAAAUCGCACGUUAUGCCACGUGGAUUGCAGUAAUUAUUCAUGAAUUUUCAUACUCCCUUGGUUUUAAUGGCUUAUAAAAUUUAGGAGUAAAUUUUGAUGUAAACUUAUCUGUAUAACGCACAUGAUAUUCAUCUUAUUCAAUUUUAUCUUCUAACCAAUAUUUCCCCUCAUAAAUGUCAUGGACCAAUUCCAAACUA